AUGGCUAUGACAGGUGGACGAGAAUGUACCCUUCAAGAAAAUGAUGCAGCUAAGGCCGAGGCCUCUGCUGGAUUUUUACCUGGGCAACCAGCAGAGCUACAAAGUCCAACAUUAACGAUUGAUGGAGUCUCAGCCAUGGAAACUGCAGACCUCCACCAUGCACCUCCUGCAUUCAUUGGCUCCAGUGAUGGAGAUUAUCCGCCCAUACGCAGCUUCGCCGACGCCAAGGUUAUAUGUUAUUUGGAGACCACAAAGCUUUGGAGGAUUGCAGGGCCAAUUGCCUUCAAUAUUUUGUGCAACUAUGGUAUUAAUUCCUUCACAAACAUCUUUGUUGGGCAUAUUGGAAAUGUGGAGCUCUCUGCUGUUGCAAUUUCUCUCUCUGUCAUUGCAAAUUUCUCCUUUGGCUUCCUGCUUGGUAUGGCAAGUGCACUUGAAACACUCUGUGGGCAGGCAUUUGGUGCUGGACAAGUAGACAUGCUAGGAGUUUACAUGCAGCGCUCAUGGCUAAUUCUAUUCGCCACCUGCUUCGCAUUGCUACCGCUUUACGUAUACUCUGCGCCGGUCCUAAAGCUGCUUGGCCAAGAAGAUGACAUUGCAGAUCUAGCUGGAAAAUUCUCUAUCCAGACCAUCCCUCAAAUGUUUUCCCUCGCCGUCAAUUUUCCAACUCAGAAGUUCUUGCAGGCACAGAGCAGGGUUCAGGUUCUGGCAUGGAUUGGCUUUGCAGCUCUUAUAAUACACAUAGGAAUUCUCUAUCUCUUCAUUAAAGUUUUCGGGUGGGGAACGAGCGGCGCUGCUGUUGCCUAUGAUAUCUCAGCCUGGGGGAUGGCAAUAGCUCAGGUGGUUUAUAUAGUUUAUUGGUGCAAUAAUGGCUGGAAGGGCUUGUCAUGGUUGGCCUUCAAGGAACUAUGGUCCUUUGCAAAACUCUCCAUUGCUUCAGCUGUUAUGCUUUGCCUAGAAAUUUGGUACUUCAUGACCAUAAUUGUUCUCACUGGACACCUUGAUAACCCUGUCAUUGCAGUUGGCUCCCUUUCAAUAUGCAUGAAUGUGAAUGGGUGGGAAGGCAUGCUGUUUAUUGGGAUCAAUGCAGCCAUAAGCGUUCGAGUCUCCAAUGAGCUCGGAUCAGCACAUCCUAGAGCUGCAAAAUACUCAGUCAUUAUCAUCAUCCUCGAGUCUCUCCUCAUUGGGCUAUUUUUCGCAGCGAUUAUCCUGGCAGCCAAGGAUCAUUUUGCUAUCAUCUUCACUGACAGCAAAGAGAUGCAACAAGCCGUUUCUCGUUUAGCAUUCCUUCUCAGUGUUACAAUGUUGCUUAAUAGCGUUCAGCCUGUUAUAUCAGGUGUUGCUGUUGGAGGAGGGUGGCAAGCUUUGGUGGCUUACAUAAAUUUGUUUUGUUAUUAUGUCAUUGGCCUACCUCUUGGGUUUCUUCUCGGUUACAAAACAAGUUUGAGAGUGGAGGGAAUUUGGAUUGGCAUGAUAUUUGGGACAUUACUGCAGACAAUUAUCCUCUUGUGCAUAGUUUAUAAGACCAACUGGAACAAAGAGGUAAAACAAGCCUUAGAAAGAAUGCGACAAUGGACUGGAGAAGAACUAGUUGAUCCUAGAAAAUGGAGUGGGCAAGAAAAUGGACGUCAAACUCAAACUAUAUAG